AUGUCCUCUCAAGACAGCGCCUCUGUCGUGGCGCUAUACAAUAGCGUCUUUGUCGGUAACUGCUGCGGUAUCGGUGGUGCAGUCUUUCUUGUAUAUGCGUAUAUCAUAUCCAUGGGCGAAGGCGUGAACCUGUUCUUGACAAGCAAACUUACGGGCGCGUCGAUCCUGUUCUAUGCAAACCUCGUGUUCCCUUUCGUGACCAACGCCAUGGCCCUGAUCGGCUUUGUGAGGAUGUCUGACAAGGUGCAAUACGGUUUCGGGCUGACAGGCGUGAAUGAUCCGACAUUUGGCUGCGCGACUGGUGUAAACCUACCUGUGGAGCUAACCAAACAACGUGCGUUUACCAUUGUGUCUCGGACGUGUCUCAUCUCCGCUGACGCCCUUGUUCUUGCGAUUACUUGGUAUGCUAUACCUCGACGAUCCUACAGCAACUUUGGGGGCGAAAGUUCCACUUUUGCUGAGAUCCUAGUUCGGAAUGGAACAAUCUACUUUGGCUCCUUAUUGAUACUCAACGCCCUACAUCUUAUGUUCACCCUCCUUUCUAUCGACCUGGCGUUCGAGCCUGUCAGCUACAUGACCAUGUUCACCGAGCCUGUUACGGCGGUUCUCGUCUCGAGAUUCCUCUUGGAUCUCCAAGCUGCCAAUCGAAAGGCCCUAGACCUAUACCCCCAAGAUAUGUCGCAUACCGGGUCAUCCCAAGGUCCCACAGGAAGCCUCAUCUUCGAACGAGUAGUCGGAUCACUCGGCUCUAUGAUCUUGCCAGGCGAACUAGUUGAGCUCGCUACAGACGAUGAAACCACCGCCGACCCGUUGGAUGCGGAAAACACAGUGGAAAAGUCAAGCGGGACGGACGUCGAGAUAAUGGCAGCCCCUUGA